UUAAGCUACACAAUUGUUAAAGAGUCGAAUUAUUAUGAUCAACUGAUUCUGACUUGGAUACCAAAUUGUUAAAUGUUGAUGUUGAAGACUUUAUGGAACCAAAAACUCUAAUUGUCAAAAGUAUUCAAGAAGAUGAAGAAAUUUUAAAAAGUGAAAAGUUCAAUAAAUUAUUUUUCAUCGAAACUCACAUGGAUGAAAUGAGGAUACUUGAUAAUCCAAGAAUCGCAUGCUCUAUUGAGUCUGCAGCCAGGGUUAAUCAAGAUGCUAGAAUUUAUUUAUUUUUUCUGACAAACUCAAGUCGAGUAGUGCUCAAAUACUCGGAACAAGUGAAAAUCCUCUUAUCAUAUGACAACAUCUACAUCCGAUUCCUAAACAUCUAUGAGUUCUCAAAAGGAACUGAUUUGGAAGAUCUAAAAGCAAAUGAUAUCAUUUUGAAUUCAAAAUAUCCAAUUGAGCACAUGGCAGAUGUAAUGAGGGCUUUAAUUCUCAGCCUUGAUUUUAUAUCUAUAUAA